AUGCAUCUCACCACCAAAACCCUCCUCUCCUUCCUCCUUCCCCUCCUCCCCCUAACCACCGCCACGGGCUCCGCCAUCGUGCAAAACAACUGCACCUCCCCCAUCUACCUCUGGUCCGUGGGCGGCUCCGUCAGCAGCAUGCAAACCAUCGACCCGGGCUCCAGCUACAGCGAGACCUUCUACUACGAUUCGACCUCCGGUGGCGUCGCCCUGAAGAUCACCACCACGGAGAACGGUCUGUACAGCGGCGCUCCGCAGACGGAUUACGCCUACACUUUGGAUACCUCCUCGGGCAACGUGUUUUAUGAUAUCUCGGAUGUCUAUGGCGAUCCGUUCUCGGGCAGCGUCGUUAGUCUCGUCUCGAGUGAUGCUAGCUGCCAGAGUGUUUGUUGGGCUGGGGGUGUGCCCCCUGCUGGAAGUGUCGUGAGGAGUUGUCAGGCUGAAGCGGAUGAGAUCUUGACGGUUUGUGCGGAUAGUUGUUAG